AUGGGCAAAGACUAUUACAAGAUCCUCGGUGUCUCCAAAGAUGCCGACGAGGAUACCCUUAAAAAGGCCUACAAGAAGGCUGCGCUCAAAUGGCACCCAGAUCGUAACAAGGACAACGUCGAAGCAGCCAACAAGAAGUUCAAGGAAGUUGGUGAAGCGUUCGAGGUCCUAAGCGAUAAGAACAAGAGGGCGAUCUAUGAUCAGUUUGGAGAGGAAGGGUUGAAGGGUGGUGGACCUCCUCCUGGUGCCGAUGGCGCCGGAUUUGGAGGGGCCCCUAGUGGCGGAGCUGGAGGAUUUGGUGGAUUCCCUGGUGGCGGAGGAGGAAGGACGUUCACGUUUACGAGUGGUGAACCGGGGAUGGGCGGUGGUAUGGGUGGAUUCUCGCCUAGUGAUCCGAAUGACAUCUUCGCUAGCAUCUUUGGUGGAGCUAGUCCGUUUGGUGGUAUGGGAGGAAUGGGAGGAAUGGGAGGAAUGGGAGGCAUGGAAGACAUGUUUGGCGGCGGUGGAGGGGCACGCAAGAACGCUAGCGCGGGUGGAAUGCCAGGCGGAUUCAACUUUGGAGGGCCAGGUGCAGGAGGCCCCGGAGGCCCCACUCCAGCGGACGAGAAACCAUCCGAUGUGGAAAAGCAACUUCCUCUCUCCCUGCAAGACCUCUACACGGGCACCACCAAACGUCUCAAAGUCGGCCGCAAGCUCGCCUCGGGUGGUUCCGAGGAAAAGAUUCUUACCGUUGAAGUCAAGCCCGGUUGGAAAAAGGGUACUAAGAUUCGCUUCGGUGGUGCAGGACACGAAGUCUCGCCCGGUUCAUUCCAAGAUGUUGUCUUUAUCGUCGACGAGAAGCCUCAUGCACACUUCAGGCGCGAUGGUGACGAUCUCAGGGUGACAAUACCUCUCAACCUUGUGGAUGCACUGGAUCCCCCCAAGGCUGGAACUCCGGGAUCGAGAAAGCAAAUCUUAACAUUGGAUGGGAGAAAGAUCGAUAUCCCCAUUCCUCAGCCUACGGGAGGAAAGACGAGUGUUACGCCGGGAAAGACGACCAGGUUGGCCAAUGAAGGUAUGCCAAUUAGUAAGACUGGCGGAAAGAGGAAAGGUGAUUUGGUGGUGGAGUGGAGCGUGCAACUGCCUGAGACGUUGACUUCGGCACAGAGGGAGGGGGUCAGGAAGGUGUUGGCUCCCUAG